UUCAUCACAGUACCCCCUUCUCCACUUCAACCUUCUUCCCCAAUUCGGGUACCUGCAAUUAAAUCCACCCACUUCAUACACAUGGCUUUAUCUCCAUUAUCGACUACGUCCCAAAGCUUUUGCACGGGCCAGGGUCGUGGUUUCCUCCCCAUACAAAAUUUGUGCCUCCAUCUACAAAUCUCGGAGGUAUUUUUUGUGGGAUUUUCAAUUAUCAGAGGGCAAGAAUAAUCGACCGAUACUCUUGGAGUGGAAUCCUUUUGUCAACACAGAUUGAUGGAAUUUUGCAUGAAAUCCCUAAUUUUUCAAUCAUCCAUCGAGAUCCAAGAACUGCUCCUUUUCUAGAAGCAAUGGCAUCUCAACCCUUCUUGUUUGAGAACCAGUUUUUGGUGUCUAUGACAAAGCUUGGAAAUGUUCAAGUUCUUACUAGGAAUGAAGGUGAAGUUCGAGUGAAUUGCAAUUAAUGUAAUGGCCAUCGAAGGGUAUUGUUCAGUACUUCCAAGUUAUUUUCCCAAUGCUUUUAUUCAAUAACUCAUGAAACCUGACCUUUUGUGAUUUGAAAUGUUGGGAGUUCGAAUAUUGGUUCAUUGUAACAGAGAGCUCUUGUAUUUUGACAAAGAUUUUGCUUCUUAUAAAUCGGAGUGCAAAUAUAUAGAAUAAUUAGACUAUAUGAUUUUUUGAUAGUUAUCAAACUUACACUUCUUCCUGUCAAAUAUUAAAAUGGAUUCAUUUUGUUGUGAAAUUGUUAAUCACUUUUUCUUGGUGAUUUACUUGCAGAAUUCAUGAGAUCUUCUAACAUUCUUAAGGUUUGAAAUGGGAGAUAAAAUACAUAAAAAUUAGUGGCUUUUACAAUAUUUAUGAGCAUUUGAUGCUGUUAAGAAAAUUCAAACAGGAAGCUAGAUUGUGAUUUUGAUCCCAAUCAAAAUUAUAGGAUUUGAAGAAGAAGACUAACUUGAGAAAGUGACUGGUGAUGGGGUUGAGCUAAUUUCUGUAUACUCUUCAUGAAUCAAGUUAUUCUUGUUUUAGUUCAUAAAGAAUAUACUAAUGCUACUUUACUUCUCCUGUACAUGGUUAGUUGAUCUCUCUUUAGAUGACACAUGGAGUAAUUUCAACACUUGGUCACUCAAUAUUUUCUCAUUGAUGUAAUAUUUUUAAGUUUUGAUUGUGCAUUCUUAAGUACUGGUUGCAAGAAAGGAAAGCAAAAUACAUACAUAUAUUUCUUCUACUUCCACUUCUAAGUAUUUAAUUCUCAUGUUCUGGGGAUGACACUUGCAGUUUCAAACACUAAAGAUAUAUUUGAGGUCGUUAUUCCAUUCUAAUUAUAUAUCCAUUUGCUUGUCAAAUUCCUUGAUAUGCAUACCUAUGCUAUUAUUUCAGCUCAACCAAUCAUGAGGUCUGAAAAAUGUCUAUGACCAUAUCACGUUGCACUUCAUAUGUAUGGAUAUAUUACCCAUUAAGUAUACUUUUAUUACCUAUUGUACUGCUAUUAUCUCAUCUAGAUUGAUACAAUUGGUGUAGAACUUGUCGUUCUAUAUAUGAUUCAUUAAACCACUUCUGAAUUCAUAUAAAAAAAUUGUGGCAGAUUCAUCAACCUCUGGUUAGUGCAAGUCAGUUUGAGCAUGACUUCUAAAUGGCUUGUGCUUAAAGUAGUGAGCUUCACAAAACUUGAUGAAGUCCAUCUUUUCUCAUUUUUUCUUCUAAUUAUUUCUUAAUUGUUAUCUAUGGAAUAUGGUUAUCUUUAUGCCUUGAGCAUCAGUACAUUCACAGCUGAAUCUUCUACGAUCAAGUAAGAAUCGGAAUACGGAAAGCAGUAAUCAUGUUGCAGUGCAUAAAGGGAUUUAAGCAUUUUGGUGCUUCCCUACAACGGGAAAUCAUAGCUUUGUUUUCUGAGUAUGUUGUGGCUGCAAUUGAGGAUGCAUCAAAUUCUUGGGGUUUGUCUAUUAGCUUCCUCAGCAUAAUAUUGCUACCAAUUGUGGGAAAUGCAACAAAAUAUGCAGGAGCAAUCAUAUUUGCUUUCAAGAACAAGUUGGAUAUAACUUUAGAUGUUGCUUUGGAGUCUGCAGCUCAAAUUGCAAUGUUUGUGGUUGAGAAGCAAUGUUUGCUGAUUUAGGGCACUUCUCUGUACAUGCCAUACAGGUUCUUAACCAACCACUCAUUAAGUGGGGAAGUACCUCAGUGGGUAUUGGAUAGCAAGAAGAACUUGUGAGUCUACUUUAAGCUGAGUAUCUUCAUUUCAUUUGGCUAUGAAAGUUUCUAUACACUCCAGAUUUCUUGCUGCUGUUUUUUUUUUUUUUUUUUUUUU